CGCGGCGUCGCGCAGCAUCCCGCAGAGCGCCGAGCCCGCGCCUAGGGCCUGCGGCUGCGGCGAUGAAGAUCUGGAGCUCGGAGCACGUGUUCGGCCAUCCCUGGGACACGGUGAUCAAGGCUGCCAUGCGGAAGUACCCAAACCCGAUGAACCCGUGCGUGGUGGGCGUGGACGUGCUGGAGCGCAGUGUGGACGGCUGUGGGCGCCUGCACAGUCUGCGCCUGCUCAGUACCGAGUGGGGGCUGCCCGGCCUCGUGCGAGCGAUUUUGGGAGCCAACAGGACCUUGACAUACAUCAAAGAGCGCUCCGUUGUGGAUCCGGCUGCAAGGACAAUGGAACUGUGUUCCACCAAUAUCACGCUCACAAAUCUGGUGUCUGUGAAUGAGAGGUUGGUAUACACACCUCAUCCAGAGAACCCUGAAAAGACUGUGCUCACCCAAGAAGCCAUCAUCACUGUGAAGGGGAUUAGCCUCGGGAGCUACCUGGAAAGUCUAAUGGCCAGCACGAUAUCCUCCAAUGCAAAGAAGGGCUGGGCUGCCAUCGAGUGGAUAAUUGAACAUUCCGAGAGUGCCAUAAGCUAACAGGUCUGCACCCAUGCCUGGUGACACAGGGGGCAACCACCGUAACUUCUUAACCUGGUACAGUCUGGCUUUUCAUUACCGAUGUGCAUGCAGUACAUGAGAGAACGCUUGUUUGUCUGCUUCCUGCUGUCUGUCCCCACAGACAGGUUUGGCCUCUUUCAUUUCCUUGGUUUGUGCCAAGACUUCUUCCCAGGGUUUCCCUGAGCAGUUGCAAGCUGGAGUCUGAGGAAGGCAGUGUUGCAUUUGCUGCCCUGAAGUCUCAGGACCUGGCUUCCUGAACAUUCCUCAGGAUUGUCACCGCUGAUGAAGAGCCUCCAUGAAUUGGUCCACAGUGUUAUGGGCAGAGUUAAUCUUGAGGGUUUUUUGUUUGUUUGUUUGUUUUUGUUUUUGUUUUUUUGGGUUUUUUUUGUCUUGGGAAAAAUUUAUACUUUCUGAAAAUGUUAUCAUUUUUAUUAGCUGGGGCAUCAUGGGACCUGGAACCUCACACCUGCUGACUUGAGUAAGCGCUCUAUCUCUGAGCUCCACUCCCCUUCUGGGUCUGUACAUGUUUCUAUAAAGAAUACUUUGUAUACUUUGUACUUAUUUAGUCGCUUGGUACAAGCCAGUGUUCAGCUACUGGACUGUGUCCCUGUAGUGGGAAAGGCAUUUCUCUUAAUGAGCUGCACACACUUUCCUUGGUUUCCUCAGCCCCCAGGAAGGUGACGAUGGAUUGGUUGGGGUUCAUCUUGGUGUCACAGAAAGAGUCCCACUUCCCUUUAGGACAGGACCUCCUUACUUCCUGUCUGCUGCUGACAGCUACACCCUGUUUCCCUUCCUUGCCCCCAGCGGGUGUUUGUUCCCACGUUUCCCUCAGCCAACAAUCUGUGGGGUCUGAGGUGUCUUUAAGACAGUUUCAUUUUUUUCCUAAGUCAGCAAAGUUUGCCCGAGAACUUUACCUUGAGUCCCAAGCCAAGACCUGCCACGGGACUUCUUAGCCUCAACUGGAGCUGAGCUUGUUGUGGGGGCUGUGUGUGGGUCUGUGUGUGGAGGGAGGGAGGCCUGAGGUGAAUCCUCAGGUUCUUUGUAAACUGGAGCUAACCUGUCCCCACCUUCAGUCAGAUACCGCACCAAAAAGAGUCAAGAAGAAAAGAAGGAAGGAAGGAAGAAUGGCUGGACAAGGAAGAGGAAAGGCAAGUGUGGAUGAAUGUGGUUCCUGUCAAGGCUGCAAGAGCUGGGACCUGCUGGAAUCUUCCCUGUCCGUGGUACCCAGUCCAGCAUUGGGGCCCCGGCACCAGCAGUGUGAGGCUGUGGCUCCUGGGAGUGGUCCGGAGCCCUUCUCUCCCAGCCUCUGCUGUAGGUACUGUGCCGCCACAGCACUGGGCUGGGACAGGACCGGGCUGCACUUCCCCUGCACUGGUCUUAAGCUUUUGCCUGCUUCCCCUGGCAGGAGUGCCACCUCUGCCUGCUGAUUCCAGUCACUUCACCAAAGGAGAGCUCCCCUCUCCUCAUGUACUGCCAGCUAAGCCAGGGUGGGUUCCCCGAACCUUCCCCAGGGAUCUGGCUGCUGUCCUUUGUUCCUGGUGGCCGCAUGACCUUAUAGUGCUCCACUCUGUGAAGAAGGUGAAUAAGAAGUUGCUUUCUGACCCUCAGGGUCCCCAUCGUGUACUAUAUCCAAAAUGAUGGUGUAGAUCGCUCUACAGAGGCCACUAUGGGUUCCAGCGGUGACUGGGAUUUUCAAGAUCAGACUAGCCUUGAACUGAAGAUGACCUUGAACUUCUGAUCUUCCUACUUCCAUCUCCCCAAGUGCUGGGAUUACAGACUUGGGCUGCUAUACUUGGCUCUUUUUGGUUGUUGUUGAGACAGAUCUUGUAGCCCAGGUUUUCCUGAAACUCCUGUCUCAGCAUCUCAAGUGCUGGAAUAAUCCCAGGUGUGCACCACCAUGCCCCGACUGGGAUCCUUGUCAAGUCCCUGCCGUCUUUUCAGCUUCUACCAGCUAAAAAGAGAGGUUGGGGACCUGCUGUGUAACAAAGAGCCUACUUCCCUCCUCUACUUUCCGUGGUCCUGGGUUCCUGCUGGCUCUGACUGGGGGCUUUGUGCUCCUGGCCUAGGUUGAAACUCCUCCCCCAAGCUCACUUUUCCUUCCCGCCUCAGAGUUUCUUGUAGUUGUUUUCUUUUUCUCUGUGUAGCCCUGGCUGUCUGGAACUCGCUCUGUAGAUCAGGCUGGCCUUGAACUCACAGAGAUCCGCCGGGCCUCUCCUUGUAGUAGUAUGAGUAACUCAAUCUGGCCUUCAAUUCACCGUGGAUGUGAGGCUGACUUUGGGCUCCUUCCACCUUUCAAGGACCAGAAUUACAGGUGAGGAUCAUUAUGCCUGGCUUCCUACCGUCAUCAAAUUAAGGUUUAAAACACUAAAGAUGUGUAUAGAGACAUGUGUAUAUGUAUAGGCAAUUCAUGCUUGCAGUCUAAAAAAGAGGUAUUGAAUCUACUGACUGGUAUAGACCUCUGCUCUCCCUGUGGGUCAAAUCACCGUUUUUAUAGACCUAGAAUUUUUCUAUGCCUAUGAAAGUUAGUUUUGUUUCAUUAAACUUGGGUUCAUACUGUAA